AUGUUAAUAAGAACCGGAUAUUUGAGCAACAUUAUAAAGAAAAAAUUCGAAAAUUUGAAUCCUCAUAUCAGAAAUCGAAGAGGCUUACUAAAUGGCGUUAGUAAAAUAUACAAAUGGCUAUUUGGAAACCUCGAUUCAGAUGACGAAAUAAAAUACGAUAACGCAAUUACUUUAUUACAACAAAAUCAAAAGAACAUUAUCCAUGAAACUAGCCUUCAAAUUUCUCUUUAUAAGAAACUCAUAAAUAAAAUAAAAACUUUAAAUAAAAAUCAAGCAAACUUUAAUAAUGAUUUGCAACUAUUAUCUAACGUUUCAAUGAGAGCGUGCGCGCCGCCUAUGGAAGCACCCGCACGGCGGCGUCGCGCGUGCAGGUCCCGGCAUUUGUUCUCGUUUCGCGGAAAAACAAAAGCUUGCACUCACGUGCUCGUGCGUACUCAACACAGCGGAGAUGUCAGUUGUGAGUUGUUCAUCUCCCUCGAAUUAGACCAACAAAAAGAAAAUAAUGAGAAUGACGAACAAUUGCAAAAUGAAAAUGCUGGAGCAAGUUAUUCUUCAGAUAAUCUUGAAGAAAAUGUGUCAGUGCCAGUGACGACAGAUAAUGUUUUGUGUGAUAUAACAAAUGACAAUACUCUAAAUUAUGCUCCUCACAGCGGGCACGAUAAUAAAGAUUUAACAGUUGAACAUGAUGAAAAAAAUCAAAGGCUUGAAUUACAAGAAGUAAAAAAUGAAAUAUUGUUAGAACACGUCGAUAAAAAUAUGAUAAAUGCAAUGCAACAAGAGGUAAAAUAUUGGGCAGAAGUUUUGAGAAGAGUCGUAGCAACUAUUCGUUUUCUUGGCGAAAGAGGUCUUGGUUUCCGCGGUACGGAUGAACAUUUUGAUUCGCCUCACAACGGAAACUAUCUUGGAGCUUUAGAAUUGAUUGCUCAGUUCGAUCUUUUUUUACGCCUGCAUAUAGAAAAUUAUGGUAAUAAAGGCAAAGGGAAUGUUUCUUAUCUUUCGAAAACUGUUUGUGAUGAGUUUAUUACUUUGAUGGGUGAUGUUUUAUUAGAACGCAUAAAAAGUGAAAUGAAAGAUGCUAAAUACUGGGGAUUGAUUGUAGACUCAACACCUGAUGUUUCGCAUGUAGACCACCAUACGGGUAUAUCUUUGAAACAUGAAUUACUGAGUUUAUUUAGAAAACACGACUUGUUAAUAAAUGAUUGUAGAGCUCAAUCAUACGAUAAUGCUCGGAAUAUGUCAAGAAAAUACCAAGGAUUACAAGCUCAUAUAAAAGAAUUGAACGCGCUAGCUUUCUACGUUCCGUGUAUCGGACAUUCUCUCAAUUUAGUUGGUGAAUGUAGUCGAUGGGAAAUUCUAAUGGCAGUGUGUAAGGCUCAUUUGCAAAGCUUGUCUACGACUCGGUGGUCACGUCGUAGCGACGCUGCAAAAGAUUUGAAACAAAACUAUAAAGGUAUUUAUCAAGCACUUGUCACCAUAAGUGAAGAUGAAUCACAAAAGGCUGAUGUGCGCCAAGAAGCCCGUUCACUAGCAAAAAAAAUCGACGGUGUUGGAAAAUGCCUUUAUGACUAUGAGCUUAAACAAUUUAUUCCUCUAGUAAAAAGAAGCAGCGAUCCACUUUACACCAAAGAAAACACAAGUCUAAAUCCUGUGAAAAUUUUAAAUUGGAUGGUAAAAUUCAAUAUGAUUGAUGUAUUUCCCAAUACCUCUAUAGCUUAUCGUAUAUAUGUUACAAUACCUAUCGGUAACUGUGAAGCAGAGCGAUCAUUUUCAACUUUAAAAAGAGUUAAAGAUCUUCAUCGCGCAAACAUGGCAGAUGGAAUAUUGUCAGCACUGGCUAGAUUGAAAAAAGAAAGUGAAUUGUUUAGAACAAUAGAUUUUGAAGAACUCAUUCAAAAUUUCAUAGCUCAAAAGUGCAGAAAAAAAUUCUAA